AUGGCGGCGGCGCUGAGGGACCGGGCGCAGGUGUCUGUGACCUUUGGGGAUGUGGCUGUGACCUCCACACAGGAGGAAUGGGGACAGCUGGGCAAAACCCAGAGGACUUUAUACUUGGAGGUCAUUCUGGAGACCUGCGGGCUUCUGGUCUCGCUGGAUAAGGUCUCACUUCUUCAUUAUGAAUUUUGUCUUAACUGCCGGUGCCACAAUGCCUUCAUCCACAUAACUGCAUUAAAGUUCUAUUUCUUGAUACGGGACAAAGCAGAACUAGAAACCACAGGACCAACUGUUCUUGAGUCGAUCUUGUCUGAGGGAACCUCAGUCCAGGGACAGCUGACACAGGCAGCCUCCAGAGACUCCCAGCUGGAUUAGCACACGGAUCAGGAGGGGCUCCCAGAAAUGCAGGACCAAUUCUUGAAACCAGAGGUAGCCCCCCAGAAGGAGCAUCUCCCUGAGAAAAUGUGCACUGACUACAAUGUUUUGGGGGCAGAUUAUGGUGCGUGUUCAAAGGUUACACACGAGCAAGUCUCUUUAGGAGAUGCUGUUGAUGACAGUGACUCAUAUGGACCAGGUAUACAUGCCAUGACUCAUGAAGAGAGACAUCCCUUUGUAUGCAGAGAAUGUGGGAAAGUGUUUAACCAGAGGCACCUCCUUACUCAACAUGAGCAGGUUCACUCUGGAGUGAAGCCCUUUGAGUGCACAGAGUGUGGGAAAACUUUCAGCAAGAGCACAACCCUCCUUCAACAUCACAUCAUCCACACUGGGGAGAAGCCCUAUCAGUGCACAGAGUGUGGGAAGGCCUUCACCCAGAGGGCACACCUAACUCAGCACCAGCGGAUUCACACCGGGGAGAAGCCCUUUGAGUGCAGUGAAUGUGGGAAAGCCUUCACCCACCACUCCACGUUUAUCUUGCAUAAGAGGAGCCACACAGGAGAAAAACCCUUUGUGUGCAAGGAGUGUGGGAAAGCCUUUCGUGAUCGGCCAGGCUUCCUUCGACACUACACCAUCCACACUGGAGGGAAGCCCUAUGAGUGCAGUGAGUGUGGAAAGGCCUUCAACCACCGGUCACAAAUUACACGGCACCAGCGGCUUCAUAGUGAGAAGAAACACUAUGAAUGCAUUGAGUGUGGGAAAGCCUUCAACUACAGGUCAUAUCUUGCACAGCACCAGCGGAUUCACACUGGGGAGAAGCCCUAUCAGUGCAGUGAGUGUGGGAAGGCCUUCAACCAAAGGGCACAUCUUACGCAGCACCAGCGUAUUCACACUGGGGAGAAGCCUUAUGAGUGCAGUGAAUGUGGAAAGACCUUUGCCCACCUCUCCACUUUUGUCUUGCAUAAGAGGAGCCACACAGGAGAAAAACCCUAUGAAUGCAAGGAGUGUGGGAAAGCCUUUCGUGAUCGGCCAGCCUUGUUUCGACACUACAGCAUCCACACAGGAGAGAAGCCCUAUGAGUGCAUUGAGUGUGGGAAGGCAUUCAACCGAAAGGCGCACCUUACUCAGCACCAGAGGACUCAUACAGGGAGGAGCCCUGUCAGUGUGACAGAUGUGGGAAAAUCCUUUACCAGUGGGCAAAACUCAGUCAGCAGCCAAGGUUUGCUACUGGGAACGGACUCUUUAAAUGUAACUACUGAGGAAAAUCGUUGGCCAGAGGAACCAUCUUACUCAGCAUCUGUUCAUUCAUGCCAAAGGGAAAUCUCACAUGUCUCAUCCCUGUGA